AGAAGCAAUUGCACUAUCCCCCUCUAGCGUCAAUUGAGGUGUGGUUGACCGUUGAUGUAUCACGAUCGGGAAAACGACAAUAUCGCAUCAAAAUAACCUCCAAAACGGGGAUUUUCCUCAGGAAGUAACUAGCCAUGGCUGCUAUAAGAAAGAAGCUAGUAAUAGUUGGGGAUGGUGCCUGCGGUAAAACAUGUCUUCUCAUCGUCUUCAGUAAAGAUCAGUUCCCUGAAGUUUAUGUGCCAACUGUUUUUGAAAAUUAUGUAGCAGAUAUUGAAGUGGAUGGAAAACAGGUUGAGCUGGCUUUGUGGGAUACAGCCGGACAGGAGGACUAUGACAGACUAAGGCCUUUGUCCUACCCAGAUACAGAUGUCAUCCUUAUGUGUUUUUCCAUCGACAGCCCCGACAGUUUAGAGAAUAUUCCAGAGAAGUGGACACCAGAAGUGAAGCAUUUCUGUCCUAAUGUACCUAUCAUAUUAGUAGGCAACAAAAAGGAUCUCAGGAAUGAUGAUAACACUAAGAGAGAACUGUCCAAGAUGAAACAAGAACCAGUUAAAACAGAAGAAGGCCGUGCAAUGGCAGAGAAGAUAGGUGCUUUUGCCUACCUUGAGUGCUCUGCCAAGACCAAGGAAGGGGUUAGGGAAGUCUUUGAAACAGCCACAAGAGCUGCCUUGCAAGUUGAGCUGGCGUUGUGGGAUACAGCUGGACAGGAGGACUAUGACAGACUAAGGCCUUUGUCCUACCCAGAUACAGAUGUCAUCCUUAUGUGUUUUUCCAUCGACAGCCCCGACAGUUUAGAGAAUAUUCCAGAGAAGUGGACACCGGAAGUCCGCCAUUUUUGCCCCAAUGUCCCCAUCAUCCUUGUCGGGAACAAGAAAGAUCUGCGCAACGACGAAAACACCAAACGAGAGCUGAUGAAAAUGAAGCAGGAGCCAGUGAGACCAGAGGAAGGGCGCGCCCAGGCUGAGAAGAUCAGUGCUUACGCCUACCUCGAGUGCUCGGCCAAAACCAAGGAGGGAGUGAGGGAAGUCUUUGAAACAGCCACCAGAGCUGCCUUGCAGGUUCGGAAGAAGAAGAAGGGCGCAUGUAUAUUGUUGUGAAAGGAACUACUUUGUUUACUGGACACAAUUCUUUGCCAUUUCUACAUUCUUGGUGCUUCAUUGGUCGUCGUGUAUUUAUGAUCUGUAAAUGACGAUCCAAAUGGUUAUCUAAAGGUACUCAUCGUUCCACCCCACACGUGAUCACUGACGUCAUAGACAUGUAGAUCGCCUACAGCACCGGAAACCAUGGCCAAUCUUUGCCUGCAACUCUGCCAAUAAGCUAAACGCCUUAAACACACCAGUAUACUUUGCUAAAGUGCCCUUUAACAUUAUGGUAUCUCAGUUUGUAGAAUUGUUACUUAAGGACAAGAAAAUAGUCACUUUGGAGCAUGUACUCUUCAAUGUUUGGAAAUCAUUCCACUGGGGCAAGGUACACUAUAAUUUUCAUGUUUGUAUAGCGAGAACAGGUAUAACCCAAAACUAUAAUCGGAUUAUGAUUGGAAGUGUAUUAUUGCAUGAUGAACAAAUAUACAACUCGCUACAUGUUGUGGCAGCACCCGUUCUGGGUCUGUUGUACACGCACCAGGAAACAUAAGUCUGCCUAUUGAUAAAGACUUCAUUGUAAAGUGGGCGUUUCACGGAAGUACUCGAGUUCAUUGUAAAUAUGAAAGGUUGAGGAAAACUUUGUACUUGUGUGUGCGUUUUAGUGUUAGCUGUCUCUAAAGCACGCACUUUGACCCCAUGCAAUUUCUAUGCACUAGGUUUUGAAACAAGUGGCUGUGCGGAGCAAUGUAGGACUUUUUUUCUAAAGCCUCAUUUUUUGCACGAAAUCGUGCAACACGUUAAAGCCUACAUGGUUCAUUUACAGAAUAGUAUACACUCUUCCUAACUACGUUCAGGAGUAGAUUUGUUGGCAGGAAAUUAGGACAGUCCUUCUGAUACAAUUUGGAGAUUUUAUGUUUUAGUUUUGGAUAUAAGUACUUCGCUGAUACAAAACAUAUAUGAUUUAAACCGGCCUUUCGCCACAAAGACACGUGGAACAUGUGAUGGGAAUUCGGCCACUCUUUGUCCAUAGCAGUUAUAUCCAUUUUUCUAUGUACUGUUUACGUCGGUUAGAACAUUUGAAGCUUUAUUGUUGGUGGUGUAUCUGUCGGAAAA